AUGAUAUUUUUUUACGGGAAAUUUCCUUCUAUCUGCUUAUUUCAUGGAGCCGGUUCUUGGUUGAUAAAACGAUUUAUGAUAUUUUAUAUACAAAAUCAUAAUCAUUCACUAACAUUCCUUUUCUGUUCGUUUAUUUUUUUUGCGAUUGCUCAUUUUAAUUGUCUAUGUAUCCAUCCAUUGAUGUUUUCAAUUAUGGAUCUUCUGUUCUAG